AUGAAUAAGUAUCAGAUGCCGGCGUCGCCGCCGCCACCGGGGGUAAAACCCAACCUGGUCAACCCGCCCGGGUCGGAGUAUGAGAUAUACUCUGUCAGUAUUUCCAUGUGUGCCACCGCGACGCUCGUUCUGAUGGCACGUUUAUACACGCGGGGGGUUAUUCUGCGGGCGUUGGGUCUGGAUGACUGGCUCUGCGUUGGGGGCUCAGUGUGCGCCUGGAUCUUUGCAAUUCUCAGUAUUGCUAAUAUCCCCAAUGGAUAUGGAGUACAUAUUUGGAACCUACGCGUGCACAACGUCAUUAACUUCAAAAAGGUGGAUCUCGGGGAGGAAAACGUCUACGCAAUUGGGGUCGGCCUCGUCAAGACGGCGAUCCUCGUCUUCUACCUGCGUCUCAGCCCCGAGAGACGAUUUCGCCAGCUUACCUGGGCUAUUAUGGGUUUUGUCAUUUUGUACAGUGUAAUCAGCGUCCUUCUCUUCACCAUCGGCUGUAUCCCCGUGGACGCCAUGUGGGACAUCACCCUGAUGGACCAUGCCAAGUGUUUUGACCAAUUGUCGUUCGUGUAUGCGAACGCCGCGUGCAAUGUGUUCUCCGACCUGGUCACCCUGGUCCUUCCCAUCAAGCUGUGCUAUAAUCUCCAGACCACGUUCCGGCAAAAGGCCCUUCUCCUGGGUCUCUUCACAAUGGGCUCAUUUGCCUGCGUGGUGGCCAUCGUUAGGAUUGUGACCAUGUUGCCCUUUGGCCACAGCAAUGACUUGACCUGGUAUAAGGUGACCAUCGCGAAGUGGUGUAUGGUGGAGAUCAACGUCUGCAUCAUCUGUGCCUGCCUGCCCGCCAUGCGGCCGCUGUUCGCCAAAGCGUUCCCAGGAGUCUUCUCAACCAUGGGCUCGCGAGGGACCCCCCUAGAACCAAGUGCCGACAGUUAUCAGAUGACGCCGAAGAAACGCGCUCGCCGGUGGGACUAUAUUACCGACGUUGACUCUCAAUGGACGGCUGUGGAGAGCGAAGAGGCAAGCCAGAGGAGGGGUGAGCGUCCGGUUGUUGCGUCCAAGGACGAUGAAGAGGCGAUCAUGCGCUCGACUGAUAUCACGGUGGCCUAUAGUCCACGGUAA